CGGGCAACGCAGCGGGCCGCGCCGGAAGCCAAGUCAGGGCUGAGCCCGGGGAUGGCGCGCCAGGUGCCCAUAGCUUUCGGUGACUUGGCUGUGAGCUUCUCCCCUGAGGAGUGGCGGCUCCUGGGCGAGGGUCAGCGGGAGCUGUACCGGGACGUGAUGCGAGAGAACUACGAGACCCUCAUCUCUUUGGGGACGUCUGAGCAGCCUCCUCUCUCUGCUUUCCUGUCCCCCAUGGAGUCUGGAGGAGCCAGGGGUGCCCAGCCACGCCCAGACGAGGGGCAGAAGCCUUCGAUGGGAAGUGCCCCCCAGCACAACCUGCCCCUCAGUGCCCUGGUGCAGCUAGUGAAGGAGAUUCCUGAGUUCCUGUUUGGGGGAGUCAGCCCUGAGGGUGAGGAGCAGGCAAAUCCUGAGGAAGCUGGAGCCACAGCAUGGCCACGGGACAGGGAAGGUGCAGCGGUGUCAGCCGGGGUGCCCAGCCCUGUCCUGAGCCCUGGCCAGAUACACCUCAAGCAGGAGGCCUGGAGCCCAGGGGCAGGAGCUACACUGUCGGCCGGGAGCAGCCCCCUGCAGGGCCUAAUGAACUGCUUGAAGGAGAUCCUGGUGCCAGCGCCCCCGCCACCCACAGCUGCCCUCAGCUCCCAUCCCCUUGUACCCUCCAAGUUGGCCCGGCUGGAGCCAGGGUCCGGGAGCCCCUCUGGAGGAGUUCGCCUGCAGGCCAGUUUGUCCAGUCGGAGCCCGGAGAAGCCCCCACCGGCCCCUGCUCUGCUGCCCGUUCCGCGCACGGCUGCAUCCCCUGCACCUGGCCGUGAGGGUCCGGGACCCCCAGCCCACAGUGGCAGCACAUUCCUUAUUCCUGUUGUGAAGACCGAGGCCACAUCUGGGGAUUGUCCCCUGCGGGGGCUGCUGAACUGUCUGAAAGAACUGCCUGAGGCCCGGGACAGCCACUCCUCGGCUGCUGGGGGGUCCCAGCUGCCUGAGGAGCCAGGGGCCUGGAGAAGGAAUCUGAGAGGCCCUGGCCCCCCGUUGGCGCCCCCUCCAGGAGCUGGGCUCUCAGUGGUUAAGGUGGAGGAUAGCUGGGCCCAAAGUCCCCCGGUGCCCACAUCCUGUCGACUCAGCAGACAGAGCCCCUCGGCCACCAGCAGCCCGGGGGGCCCCCAUGUGUCCAGUCGGGAUCUCGUGCAAGCCGGCAGUGCCUCGAGCUCGCCCCUGGAAGCCCUGGAGGCCUGUCUGAAGGGCAUUCCCCUGAGCGGCUCGUUACCUCCCCAGCCGCCCGCCGCCCACUUCCGGAGCCCCCCGCCAGGAGCCCCUGGGUCUCCGAGACCCGAGCUGCUGCCCCGAGGAACACGUGGGGAAGAGGUGACCCUGCCACCAGCUCUGGGCCUUCAGGGUUGUGCAAGGGAUAGUCCAGCACUUCCUGUGGGCCCCCUGGGGACCCCCACCAGCUUCUCCUCAUCCAGCAGCACUGAUGGGGACCUGGAUUUCCAGAGCCCUGAGGGCAGCCAGGGGUGCCCAGGAGGGAAAGGGAGCCCCAUGGGGAAAGGCCCACUCCAGGGCCUGGAGAACUGUCUCCGCGAGAUUCCUGUACCCCGAUUUCGCCCUGCAUGGUGCUGGUCCUCAGCAGGUGACAGGGCUCCUCGCCGAGUAGAGCCCCGGAACUGGAACACAGACAAGGAAGGAUCGAGGGGCGAGGCUGUUGAGUCCCCCCAUCUCACCCAGCGGGUAGGAGCCUUGCCCCCCAAGAGCCUCGCACCGGCCAGUCCAUCAACACUCACCUCCAGCAGUGGCCCACCCUGUUACCCACGAGACACCAAGGAUCCUGGGGGGCCCCGGGCACCAUGGAGGUGGUCACAAGACGGAGUGACCAGCAAGCCAUCCCCACUCCGCUGUCUGGAGAACUCACUGAAGGGGAUCCUGCCAGGGAGGCCACUGCGUUUUGCCUGCCUGGCUGGCCCCAGUCCCAGCCCCAGCCCUGGCUCCGGCUCCAGCUCCAGCUUCAGCAGCUCCGAGGAGGAGCCACGGCCUGAGCUGGUACCCUGGCAGCCCCGCCUGCAGGGGGAGCUGCUACUUGGAGACCUGAGUGGGAGGCGAGCUCCACCAGGCCCUGCCAGUUCAGCCCAGCUCCAGGGAACCCCGGACAGGGCAGGGCUGCCCAGUGGCCAGGGACCAGGCCUACCAUCCCCUGCCCGCCACAGUCCCAUGGGAGACCCAGGGGCUACAGAACCCACAGAACACAGCCGACUCAGUGCAGAGAUCUGGAAACUUGAUGGCCACAGGGUGGCAUCAGGGGGCCUCUGUCUGCCACUGGGACAACUGGACACUUGUCCCCUGGACACGGCAGAAGCCGCAGGGGAAUCACCGGGUAGCCAGACCCAGGCAUCUUGGAGAGAAGCGGGUACCAGCCCCAUGAGCAGCACUGGGAAAGUGACUGCUAGCGCCUCUUGUGCUGCCCCUCGACUGGAGACAAGGCCAGAGCCGGGGCCCUGUCAGCCUCUGGGGGCAGCCCCGGAGACCCCAUCCCGGAAGCCAGAGGCCAGUGCAGAGUCAGGGAGCCUGGGACCUGCACGCCAAGGGACAACUGCUGUAGGCUGUACAACUGGGAGGCCACCUCCAGGAAGCUCACCAGCACCCACUGCCCAUGCCCAGCCACCGUGCCUGUGCACUGGCCCCCUGCAACAGGAACUCCGCGGCCUAGGUGCUGCCCUUGCUGAAAAGCUGGAGCGGCUGGCAGCUGCCCUGUCUGGCCUGUCCCAGGAGGUAGCCGCCCUAAGGACACAGGUAGACCGUCUGGGGCGGCGGCCUCGGGUCUCCGGUCCCAAGACUCAGGCGUCAUGGCCAUGGGCCUCCCCACGGGCGCCACGCUGGGGAGCAAGCCCUGGACACCGGCCUCUGCCCUACUGGAGACACCGGGGCCCUGCCCGGCCCAAACCCAGGUUGCUGCGGGGCCCAGCCGAAGGCAGCAGGGCCGUAGACACCGUGAGCCUGCCCAUAGUCAGCCGUUUACGCCCAACCUCUCAGCUGCCCACGGCUGUAUCACCAGGAGACUCUCCUGGGCCCAUCUUGGACACUUCCCAGCAGCCUCUACCUUCGACUUACAGCUGUGCCGUGCACCCUCCUCUCGGACACACAGGAGCACCCCAGAACACCCCAACCCCAACCCCUCCAGUGUCUGCGCCCGUGAUCCGCCCAGACAUAGAACUGACAGCUGUGCCGGCCCGAGUCCCACACCCAGCCCCCAACCCCAACGGUCUGCUGGCCGGAGUCCAGAGAACCCUACAGGUGGAACUGUGGAAUGGAGAGCACAGGGCCCUGAGGUGGGGGGCCCCUACUCCCCACCUAUCUCCUCUUGGUGCUGCAGAGGACCCACCCCGGGGUCGCUUGGCCCCUGCACCCAGCUCUGGUCGGACCUUUCCAGUAUCUGGGCCAUGAAGGGUUGGGUGGGGGUGGUACACCUGGGCCGGGUCACCCCAGGAUGCUGCCAUCAUCUCAGGGAGGCCGUCUUGGAGAGCCUUUGGGCUCAGGUUCCUCAGAUUCCCCCUUGGUGCUGUCCUGGGGGGCGGCCACUAACGGGGCUUCCUUGGGACCCAGAACUGGAUCCCCUGGUUGGCUCAUCAUCAAUUAAAGAAGCUGGUCACAAAGAGAACAA